AUGAGGACAGUCUCCGUUCAUAUCCUCCUUUAUAACGGGCAUGCUUUGACCCUCCUUGCCGCUUCCGACACCAUUUUGAGCGACGACAAGGACGAGCGCCUCCACAACCUUUUCGAUGAAGUCCUGUACGCUGCUCAACUGCAGCUUGAGCGACCUUCAUAUGACCUCCAAGUCUCGGAGAAAGAUAUCGUGGUGGAUAUUUUCGAGACGGUGAUGCCGCUGGUCGCCAACCCGGGGAAGACCAUCGUAGGCCAGUGGAAGGCACUAUGUCAAACCCUUACGCUCGAAGAGUUGGAGCGCCAGGCGUACCCCCUUUAUCCUCCCUGCCGUUCCGCGAGAAUCAAAAAUCCGAACAAUCUCAUAGGCGUCGUCACUGUUGCAUGCCCCCCUUCCAGCUGGCUUCGGUCAAUCGAUAUGCGCUUCACGCGCUUCUUUCAUCCCCACCACGGCGACGUAUUUCUCAGAUACAUCAAACGCUUUACCGGUGGGGCCUCAGAUCAAGCUGUGUUCAGAGCCGAUGUCAUCUCCAUGAAGUCUGGCAAGGCCGUCGGCGACGUCGCGGUCAAGUUCGCGCCGCUUACGGCGUCGAAGGUCACAAACUGCUCGCAAAGCGCCAGCUCGCACCUAAGCUGUGCUGCGAAUGUGCGCAACGCGGUGGCAAUUCUGCACGAGCACGACCUCGUGUUUGGCGACUUGCGACCUGGCAACCUCAUCGCCGUCGCGGGUGAGGAUCGCGUCGUGCUCAUCGACUUCGACUGGUGUGGUAUCACGGAUCCUCAACAGAACGACUCUCAACCCACCCAACUUGAUGUUGUGCCUGAGGAGAAUGGAUGGUCAAUCGGUAAAUCGGCGACUAUCGUCUUCUACACCCUCCUCCGAUUACGAUAUACCACCCUCACUUACUUCAUGGCGAUGAUCCAAACCGACGCCGUCACACUGUUGCACAAGGACGAUUUCGUGUUUGGCAAUCUGCGACGUGGCAACCUGAUUGCCCAGGACGAUGGGCGAGUCAUGCUCGUCGAUUUUGACUGGUGCGGCAAGUGCGGAGACGCGAAGUAUCCCCUCGACAUCAACUUGGAUCCUCGCAUCCCCUGGAACACAGAGGUGCGGCCAGGCGCUUUGAUAAAGAAAGAUCACGAUCUGUACAUGCUCCAGCGACUACAUAAUGAAGUCGAGAUUCUUCCUAGCACAAGGCAGCCUGCGUAA